UUAUAAUCUAAGAAAAUGUAAGUCUUUAUUGGUAGCGGCCCUGUCCAAGUGGCGCUUCGAUAGUUAUUUAGUCUUCUUCCGUGUAGUAAGUCGUGCUGCCUUCAGGUUUGCCAAUAAAUGUCAUACUAAUAAUAAAAGCGCACAAUAACUCUGGAAUAGAGUACUGUGUUGUUGACAGAUUCCUCGGAGUUGCCUACACAUUUGCUGAAGCAGACGGUGUUGUGUAUAUAAAGCCAACAUAUACAUUUGGCAUUGCUGAAAUAAGACAAUACUAACGUGUGCUGUACGUCACGGUGUGGUUACUUUAAGGGUUUCAUGUAAAGACACAACACUAGUAAGCCGCAGCACCAUUACGUUCAAUUGAACGCGAAGCAUGGAACACCCUGCUUGCAUUUCGGUGGACUUGAAGCAGUUUGUCGUAAGUGAUGCCCCACCAACAGUGUAUUACAUCCCAGAUUUCAUAUCUGAAGAUGAGGAGUCCUACCUGCUACGACAGGUCUAUAACUCUCCUAAAACUAAAUGGACACAGUUGUCAGGUAGAAGGCUUCAGAAUUGGGGAGGGUUACCACAUCCCAAAGGCAUGCUGGCAGAGAAGAUCCCUGACUGGCUCCACGUGUACUGUGAGAAAAUUUCCUCUCUCGGUGCAUUCAGUGGGAAAACAGCCAAUCAUGUGUUGGUGAAUGAGUAUAAUCCAGGAGAAGGGAUUAUGCCCCAUGAGGACGGCCCGCUGUACCACCCUACUGUCACCACUAUAAGCCUGGGCUCUCACACGCUGCUCAACUUCUACUCGCCGAUCAGCAGCCUGGAGGACGAGACACCACAGACAGAGGAGAACCGCUAUCUGUUCUCCCUGCUGGUGAAGCCACGCAGUCUUCUUAUCCUGCAGGAUGAAAUGUACCAGCGACUCCUUCAUGGCAUUCAGGGAUGCGAGCAGGACACGCUGACGGACAAGGUGGUGAACCUGUCUGCUGCCGGGGCCAUGCCAGGGGACACGCUGACCCGAAGCACCAGAGUGUCACUGACCAUACGACAUGUGCCCAAAGUUAUGAAGACGAAGCUUAUGCUAGGAAGAAAAUGAACGCUGACACUGCAACACCUGAUAUACAUGAGAGUAACCUACAGACUAAUGACGCGUCCAUGCUGAAUCAGUUUACUAAAUAUCUGUGGAUGACAAUGCAUCUGGGAUUGUAACUAGAAAUCAUUUCAAUUGUGGAUAUAUUGCUUUAAUAUUUUAAGGGUUACUAAGACCAAUAUAGAAUAUAUCUAUGUAAUAAAUACCAACACUAGUCCACAAAUAAUUACCAGAGCUCAGAAUGGCUCCUUUAAACGUCUUACUCUGAUCAUCAGCCAAGAAAGAUUUAUUUUGAUUUUAGUUUGCAUCUGUGAAGCUGUAAUCACACAAAGGACAAACAUUUAUUUUGUACAUAUCAGUUGUAAUUAUUAUUCAAGUUUAAGAACUGAAAUAAGAUUUUUGUUGACUUCAUACAUUGUUGUUUUGCUAAUACAUACAUGAAAUAAAUCUGACGCUGUAAUUUA